GAAGCAGUGAUGCAAUCUACUUUCGUCAUUUUGAAACUUUGCCCCGACUGUUACCUCGCAGUUGCUUAAGCAGCGUGUGAGCCAUUCACGUUCCUCUUGUUCAUCCCAAGUUCCUCCUUUGUGUUCCUGAACUCUCGAGACCACUCGUAUGGCGUCAUUAAUAACUACCGUCCGUUCUAAAUUUCUCGACGCUAUACGAUCAGUUAAUCCUCCGGGGAGAUGGAAGAUUUUGGUGGUAGAUGAACAUUCGCAGAAACUGCUGGGCUCCGUCUUGAAGCAGUUCGACAUCCUGGAGGAGAAUGUUACUCUCAUCGAGUCGAUAAACACACAUCGCGACCCUCAGCCUGAAUUCGAGGCACUCUAUCUCUUAAUGUCCACGACGCAGAACGUGGACCGUAUCACUAAAGACUUCGGGUCCACACGACAGUAUGCUGCAGCCCACGUCUUCUUCAUCGAGGGACUCGAUGAGCACCUAUUGGAGCGACUAGCAACUUCUCGAGCCGAACCGUAUCUGCGAACAGUGAGAGAGCUGUUCAUUAAUUUCUGGCCCGCCGAGUCACAAACCUUCUCCCUUCAAGCGCCUGAACUCUUUUUUGGAUUGUAUAGUCCUCCUCGCAAUGAUUCGCAGUUCCAGGUCGCGCGCUCGCGAGUUCAAGAGCAGCUCAAAUUCGUCAGCAAGAUGAUCGCGAAUGUGUGCAUCACGCUCAAUGAGUUCCCCUACAUCCGAUACUAUGUUCCUUCCCACCACCUUCCGCUGGGCGCAUUAAAGCCUCAUGCGACAACGCGGCCUCCACCACCGCCGGAAAGCAGCGGCCGAUGGCGGACGAAUCUUGCUCGGGGCGGCGAGGCCAGAGCUUACGAAGCAGUCGAGGGCGAUUUCCCAACGAAGAUCAUCGCCUUUCAUGUACAAAAUGCUUUGGAAGAGUACAAGAAAGCCAACCCCGAGUUCGCAAAACAGGCGGAACCGGCUCGGCCGAGGGGGACCCUCGUCAUUACCGACCGGGCAAUGGAUAUGAUAGCACCUUUGGUGCACGAGUUUACAUAUCAGGCGAUGGCUAACGACCUGCUGCCUAUCGAGGGGGGCACCAAAUACACGUACAAGUUCCAAUCCUCGGUUGGGUCGUUCGAGGAUAAGACCGCCACUCUGACAGAUGCAGACUCGGUGUGGACUGAUGUUCGCCAUAUGCACAUGCGUGAAGCCAUCGACAAACUCAUGCAAGAUUUCAACAAGUUUCUGGAAGAGAAUGCUGUAUUCAAUGGAGAAGGUGCAGCGAGUCUCAACGACAUGAAGGAGAUGCUGGCUAGUCUCCCGCAAUAUCAAGAGCAGCGCGAAAAGUUCUCGUUGCAUUUGAACAUGGCACAAGAAUGUAUGGCUUUGUUCGAGCAGGACAAGCUUCCGCUCGUCGCAGGGAUCGAGCAAGACUGUGCCACUGGAGCCACAGUGGAAGGAAAGACUCCAAAGAACCUCGUGCAGGACAUGGUGCCCUUGUUGGACAGUCGUGAAGUCAUGAAUGCCAACAAGGUCCGAAUUGUUGCGCUGUACAUUCAAUUCCGCGAUGGAGUUCCGGACGAAGAUCGUCGGCGGCUGUAUCAACACGCAAGGUUGUCAGUUCCUGAGCAAGACGCUGUCAAUGCUCUGGUACAUCUGGGAGUGCGAAUUAGCAGAGGGCCUGGCGAUCGUGACAUCAAGCGAAAGCUAGUUCAGCGAAAGUCGAAGAAUACGGAUGAAGAAUACGAACUUUCCCGAUUCAAACCUCUCCUGAAGACAGUGUUGGAAGACCAUGUCGCUGACAGGCUUGACAAGACGGUAUUUCCGUAUGUGCGGGACGAGCCCUCAAAUGCUCCACCGGCUUCAUCGGGUAGUCUUCGCACUCACACGCCCGUCCAAACAACAUCCCUACGCAGUCAGCGCCCCGGAUGGAUCAAAGCAGCACGAUCUGGGCCUGAAAGUAAUCGGCCUCGGUUGCUUGCGUUCGUGGCCGGAGGAAUGACAUAUUCCGAGAUCCGGGAAGCGUACCAGUUGUCUUCUACGCUGAAUCGCGACAUCUACAUCGGAUCAACUCAUACUUAUUCUCCACGAGAGUUCCUGAGCGAUCUCCAGGUUCUGGAGCUAGGUGGCAUAGGCUCGAAGGCAAUUCCCAAUGGUUUGCGAGAAACGCGUGCCGAUAGACCUUUCCAAGAGUUCUAUGACGAACGAUACUAUAUCCGAGAUGCUCCUCCACCUCGCGCUGCUGUCGUCGCCCCCGCGCCCUCUCAUUCUGAACGAGGUGGCAAGCCCUCUCCGCGGCCACCACCUUCCCCCCGGAUGUCUCCCGGCAACUCUUAUGACUCGAGCUCUCCGCCGGUCCAGGAGGAGAAGAAGAAGAAGAAGGGUCUGUUCAGGUUCUGAGGAUAACUUUGUUUCUACUGGUCAAGCGGAGUUCACUCCAUGCUCACACUUACACGUUCCUUACACACAUACCAAUUCAAGUGCCUGAGUUCCCCUGGACCAUUGCCCAGAUGUAUAUUUACUUUCCGACUGCUCUGACUAUGACUAUGGCUAUGGCUAUGGCUAUGGCUAUGGCGGCUCCUAUAGAUUCCGUCUGUCACGAUGCCUCGCGAAAAGUCCAAUGAAUGUUGGAAAGGUGGAAGCCAUUUUCUGGCAGACCAGGGCUAUUGAAACGGCCAUGACGGGUCCACUGCGCCACGCGACAAGCCUUGUGGUGGACCACCUCUCUCAGUUAGCCUCGAGAUGAUUCAAGGACCAUCAUCUUUGACCAGGGACAGCAUGCUGAAGACACCACGGUCGGAUUGCGUGGUGCAGACUCGAGUGUGUGGAUAAUGCUCGUUUUGCAUGAAACCUUGUCCCGGUGGUAGGCUGCUCUCUAUUACCUACCAAAUCCAUGUCGGGCUUUGAAUGACCGGAUGAGUCUGGCUGGCUCUUGAGAAUCUCUGCAACAUCUGUAUGGAAAGAGCUCCCGAUCUGCUAUGGAACGCCACAUCAACGCGGCUGAAGACUGAGUUGGCAUGAUAGGUUGGUCGAGUGUCCUGGUUCCUUUUGGGUUCUAUCUCUCUCAUGUAUCAGCCCAGCCAACCCAACUGCACGGUAGACUUAUUACAGACCCACUGAAUCAUGCCGUUUACGAUUUGCAACAACACAACCUCGACGAUGUGAUUUGUGAGCCCAUCAGUUUUGCGCGCGGCUCCACUUUGGAUAAAUGCUGACCUUACUCAUGCCCUGGAAUUUGCUUCUACUGCCAUUUGGAUUUUACUGUCGUGCUUUUAUCUUGCCAUCCACAUAGUUGUAAUUUCUUCGCUGCUCAAUCCUAU